UCCUCAUCUCUCAAAACUUUUGUACUUUCUUCUUUUUCCAAACUUUGCGUUUUUUGUUUAUCUCUUCCUACUGUCUCUGUUGCCGUUCUGUCUUGACCACUUCUGUUUUUUAUUGUGUGUUAGCGGAUGCUAAUUUGAAAGAAGCAAAAAUCAUGGCAGUGACCUUUUAUUUUGCUCAUAUUGACUAUAUUAUUUGACGCUUACGAGGUCACAUCUUGCAAAGCGCAUAAGUAAAUAAGUAUCACAAGUAAAAUACGCAGGAAAAUGAAACAUACUCUAACGCCCCAGCCUGCCUAUAAGUAAUCCUAUCUCAGACGGACGACUCUAUUUGUUCUGACCUGCCACAUAAAAAGAAGAGCUAGAGAACCUUACUAUGGGUGUUUUUAGUGCACUUUGGAGUCUGUUACUGGUACUUAUUGGACAAAACACAACGUUUGCCUUUACAUGUGGAGCGCUUAACUCCAGCGAAACAGUGUUUGAAAGAGAAGGCAGUUUGAAAAACAUUACAUUUCUUCUAAAUAUCACAGAAUCGUCGACAUUCUCAGACAAUAUCCGUCUCACUUUAGACGUGUGUGAAAAUAGCAAUCUCACAACUAGGUGCAGGUUUACAUGGAGAGAUCAGUCUAACGAAAUGGCUGUUAGGAAUUACAUUUCCAGAGACGAAACCUCCUGUUCAGCAGAGCGUCGUGACAUUGUCAGCUCAAUGAUGACCUGGGAGAUAAAGAUUUCACAGCUGGUCAGUCGGUCACUAAGUUCAAUUUAUUUCUACUUGGAGAACAGCACGCUACACAAAAGGAUGAUUUUUGAGACAAACCUUGGGGUGUUAUAUUCAUCCAAAGUUAUAAAUCUCACGGUCGAUGGACAGGAAGUGAGCAACGUGCAUCUCAUUAACGAACAACAGGAAGUCAAUGUAUCCUGCUUCUUUGUCAAUGGGAACCCGCCUGUCACCUUCCGGCUGCUUGACAAAACUUCCAAGGAACUUGCUACAGACAAAGGGAGCCUGCACCUAUCACUUUCAGUGAAGUGUGAAGAUGACUGGCCAAUAGUUCGCUGUGAAGGCGAAGGGUCAGAACUAAACAGAUCCGUGGCCUUCCUUGUCAGGUGUCCUCCACAGUUUCUUGACAUGCUUCCAAAAAUAGUCGACCAUGACUCGUACGAAGUAUGGACAUUCAACAUUAAAGCCCAUACAAAAACAAUCGACAGAUGCUUGUUGACAAAGAAGGCGUUAGGAGAAAAGUCUUUCAUGGAGGUGAACUGCAGUACCAGUGGUAAUCCACCGGAUCUUGUACUGACUGUUUUCGUGGACAAGAAAAACAUGUUGGAAAGAGGACACUGGACUCUAACUCUGCGCAAUGACAGAGGAUCUUCAAGUACAACAUCGAGUAAGUAUAUUAAUGUAAUUUAGUGAAGGAAAAAACGUGAAAGCGUAUUCUAGCAAGACAUGUUUACAUGUCAUAUCGGGAUUUAAUAACAUAGAUUAACAUAAAAACCUUGUAGAAUUUAGAAAAAAAGACACUUUUUUUCGACUCAAACGGAUCAAUGCUUGAAGUUAUUUGACAGAUUGUAUCAUUAAGUUCUCUUAGCUAUUUAAAUGCUUAGGCUAAACACUUAUGAAGGAAAUACGAGUGAUUGGUGUUUGCUGCUUAACUCCUUAUGUUGCAACUUCCCAGACUUCUGAGAUUGAUCUUGGUAUUGUAUGACUACAGCAAAAACAGGGAAGUCAAAGUCAUUGUUUGUCAAGGGGCAUUGUCUUCAUCUUAAGAUAAUCAUUGUCGUACAAUUAUCUGUAAGCUACAAAAGUAAUUGCGUUUUAAAACGGUCAAUCACUUUUCUUAAGAACGGUGGAAUUCUGCGAAAGAGUUGUGGC